AGGAUCAACAAACACAAUUGGUGGCUAAAUGCCAAAGGCUUGGAAGAACAUCCAAAAUGCCAUCAAUGCAGAGACCUCCGGUCUAAAAUGGUAUGGAAAUUUUUUAUACGUUCAUCCAUGGUGAUGAAGCAUGGUUCAAUUGGCUGUCAUCGAUCUCAGGAUUAGUUUACUUGACUGCUGUCGAAUAUGAUAAGAAACCCUAAUUAAAGCUCAAGAAGAAAAACAGUUCAUGAGAAGUUCAUACUUCCUUCCUCUCUUACCUUCUCGAAUCUUGAUGGUCAAGAGAUGGAGAAUCAAUGUUGGCAUAAGUACGCAUAUGACUGUUCUUGAGUUCUGCAUUAUCCACGCAAUAAAUUAGAUAAGCUAAGAAGCAGAGUUCCUUGAGGGCAUUUGUUUCAGAAUGGUCGAGCUCCGAAAGCUUGAAAAUCUGUGAAAUGUAUCUUCAAAGGUUGGAACUUUGUUUCACCCCUGUUCUUAAAUCGACUGUUUCUGAGGAGGGUCGCUCUGGAAAAUUGAAAAAUCCGAUUGGGAUACCGCCAAUUGUUCUGAUUGACCACAGAUGAGCAGAGAGAGAGAGAGAGAGAGAGAGACUGUGGAGGAAGAUUUUGCCUAACCAGGCAAAGCAAUGCCAUUUGUAUGUUCCUUUCCUUCUUUCCUUUCCUUUCACAAACUCUACACGAAACCAGCCUUAGCAGUGUUUGGUGGACUUUGUUCUUCUCUCAGGGUGCCAUGAUCGUGAAAAAUAUCAAAAGGGUUCUCUCUGCUCGAUCCUCUCUCCUCCUUCCACGUUCAAGGUGGCGAAAUUUCUGGGACUUUCUCCGACAAAACCCCCGUGCCUUCAUCUGAAUCUCGGAGACAGACCCAGCUCCAUGGCCUUCUCUCUCUCCGUCCCUCUCUUCCCCAGACCCCUCCUCUCGUUCCAAAGGUCGAAUCUACGUUCUAAAACCCAUGCGCUCAGGCUGUUUUGCUGUUCAGGGUCCCCCCAAAAUCGUCAGUUUUCUUCGGAUUCCGAGGAGAAACCCUUCGCCGUGGACACGGACGAGCUUUUCCUAGGAAUCGAGUCGAGGCUUAUAAGAACAUCCGAGAAGCCAUCUUCUGCGCCGCCGAUUGACGAGACGAGCGACAAUGGCGAGAAAAUUGUGACAGUCAUGGAGGAUAAGGUCGAACCUGAGGUGAUAUGGGGACAAAGGGCUAAGGAUGUAGAGGCCGAGAAGGAGAGGAAGAUCGUCACUAGCCCCGGAUUCAGCUUCUCCGUAGGUGGACUUUUGUUCCCAUAUCAUCUUGGAGUUGCCCAGUUUCUCAUCGAAAAGGGUUACAUCAAGGAGACUACUCCUUUGGCGGGUUCCUCAGCUGGGGCCAUAAUCUGUGCGGUGAUAGCCUGUGGGUUAAGUAUGCAAAAGGCAUUAGAAGCCACGAAGACCAUUGCUGAUGAUUGUAGACGCAAGGGUACUGCCUUUCGUCUUGGGGCCCUCCUCAGAGAUUGUCUCGAAGAGUUACUGCCAGAUGAUGCUCAUACCAGUUGCAACGGGAGAAUUCGUGUUGCCGUAACCCAGAUUACGUGGAGGCCAAGAGGAUUGCUGGUGGAUCAAUUUGACUCCAAGGGAGACUUGAUAAAUGCCCUUUUUACAUCUUCCUUUAUUCCAGGGUAUUUUUCAGCAAGCCCUGCAACCGUGUUUCGUAACCGGCUUUGUAUAGAUGGCGGGUUGACAUUUUUUAUGCCUCCAACCUCUGCUUCGAAAACUAUACGAGUAAGUGCAUUCCCUGCCAGUACAUUCGGAGUGAAGGGGAUUGCGAUAAGUCCAGACUGCAACCCUGAGAACAGGGCAACCCCUAGACAACUUAUCAACUGGGCGUUCGAGCCUGCAGAAGACGAGGCGUUGGAUAGGCUGUUCGAGCUCGGAUAUGCAGAUGCAGCUUCGUGGGCCGAGAAGAAUCCCGUCGAGGAAGUGGUUCACGGCGAAAAUUCUUCCCAAGAAAACGUUUCUGAUAAUCCGGAAACAAGUACUUGAUACUUCUUUAACCAAAGGCAAAGAUUAAUUUGCUUAACAAGGUAUGAUAGUAUCCUGUAAUUAGGUUAUAAUCUUGUAAAGUAUAAUUUAAUGUUUCAGUACGUGUAAAUUCAUGAACUUGUUCAUCAAUGGCUCUUGUAAAGUAUAACCCAAUGUACAUAUGCAAUACAAAUACCUCAUCUCUGUUA